AUGCGCCACAGAGGAGAAUUCACCCCAGAACACAACUUCCGGACUUUCACGACUUCCCUGCACUACUGUGGAUUCACCAAAACAAACCACCAACUCCAUAGUCUUCAUGACUACUCUCAAGAAGACUCAAAACCUGAACGACCUUUGGUCAAAAAAGAUGAUCUUCUGGUUGGCCAAUUCUGUCGCUACAUCGUACGUGAAGUGAAAGGAGAAGGUGUCUUUGGAAAAGUGGCCAAGUGCAUCAUAGAAGACACUGGUGAGCCCUUGGCAGUGAAGAUCCUGAAGAGGACAAACUGCAUGGAUGAUGUUGACAGAGAGCUUGACAUGCUGAUCAAAAUCCGCCAACUGGAUCCAAGAACCAACAAUCUUGUUGAUUUCUUGAAAGGUUUUGAUCAUCGAGGACAUCCAUGCCUAGUAUUUGAGAUGCUCGACAAAAGUCUCUACGACCUGUUUGUGGAGAGAGGCUGUAGGCCAUUCCCUCUGUCCGCCAUCAGGAUCAUUCUCAUGCAGCUGUUCCGAGCUCUAGAUGCCCUGAUGAGCGUCGGUGUGAUCCACACUGACAUAAAACUUGACAACAUCAUGCUCGUGGAUCAUGUGAAAAAGCCAUACCGGGUCAAAUCAAUCGUCUUUGGUUUGGCGAUUCCAGCUGAGGGUGUCAGGCGGGGCAUGACGUGUCAGCCUGCGAGUUACAGGGCUCCAGAUGUUCUCCUCGGCCUCCCCAUCACAGAGACCAUUGAUGUAUGGAGCCUCGGAUGUGUGGCUGCCUGCUUGUAUCUGGGCAGGAACCUCUUCCAAACAUACUGUCCACACAAACUGCUCAGCAAAAUCAUCCACAUUCUGGGUCAGCCAAGAGACGAGCUGCUGGAUCAUGGACUUUACACAGAUUCAUAUUUUAACAAGAACCAGGACAUCAAAGGACCAGCUUGGACACUUAUGACACGGCAGGAGUUUAAUAACAUCACAAUUCCCAUGAAUCUGUGUGUGGACUCGUCUGAAACGUCCAGCAGUCUGGACGAGCCGAUGCCGGAAUGUGAGAAUCCAGAGGAUUCCAAGCAGGUUGAAGACAGGAAGGCGUUUCUUCACCUUCUUGAGGGGUUACUUCAUGUGGAGGCUGACAGACGACUCACCCCCCGACAGGCAGUGUACCACGAUUUCACUUUGAUGGCACCCCUGAUGAAGAGCGUCCCCACCAGCUCCUACGCCAUGGACACUUUAACAAUGCUGGCUGUGUGGUCAAGGAUUGGAGAAGUGUUUGGCAAACAAGAAAAGAAAGUUGAGUCAGACGGACAGACAGAGCGACCGAGCAGCCCCCAGGCAAGUACACCUAAAACCACUGAAGAAGAAGGUGAUGGUGUUAGUGAUCAGGUUUCAUCAAAGGAUGGACCUGAAACCAAUGCUGAGUUAGUGACUUUUUAA